AUGAAAUGCUCCCCAUUCCCAUGCAACAGCAACUAUUACUAUGAUGCCCUUUCCAAUAUAACCCCAUCUGAUGAUGAACAAUUUGAAGAGCUAAUCAACAAAAGAAGCAGGCAAAAAAAUUUACACUACAAGUUAGAAAAAACGAUCAAUCAAAUAAUACACGACACGAAAAAAAACUGUGAUGUUAACUCAGAUUUUGAACAAGUCGAGAAACUUCCAAACAAAAAUUGCGAAUCUGUUUAUUCGGAUGAUUGUCUAGACGACAUAGACAUCAUUUUGAAAAAACAAAAAACUAAAAAUAUGUUUUCAAAGUUAAAUAAAAAUGACUCCCCUGGCCACAUCACACUUCCCUCAAAAAACACCAAACAGAGAAUUUACUCAUUACGUGAAUAUAGCCAAGAGGCAAAAGACGUAGGCGGCACAAUUAAUGGCAACAAUGACAGCCCAAAAGUUGAGAUCCCAAAUGAGGAAAUAAUUGAAAACUUUAAAAAUGUUCUUUGCAACGGUUUAAAUAAAUACAUUAAGGAUAUGUUGGAAGAGGCAAAACAAGGUUCUCCUACUCAAGCCGCAUACAAAGCUAACGACUAUGCAAAUCUGAACAGCUCGUACUACAAAACAGCUGAUACUAAGAGUGACGUUUUUAAUGAGGAAAGUACCAACCGGUGUGAAGUUCCCCGUGAAUAUAAUCCCAACAUGAAUGGAGAACACUCACUCAAAUAUUCCAAUUUCGAACUGCUGAAUCGAAAAAAUGAAAAUACACAUGAAAGCAAAACACACGACACUGAACAAACAUUUGAGGUUAACACACGUGGGAGUAAUAAGCAGUCGAGAGCCCCCAGUCCUGGGACGCGCAACAAAAAUGAAUAUGCUACCCCAACUGCAGUUGCCAAGAAAAACACCAAGCUGCGGAAAAAAAACUACAGACGUAAAUGGACAAAUUUGAACAGAUCCAAAUAUACGAAAAAUGUUUAUCUUUCGAAAAGAAAAAAAUGGACAAACGAAAAUGCCCUCUCCUUAAAUGAAAAGAAAACGGUUCGCUGGAAGGAUACUAUCGAAAUGUACGAUAAACGAAUAAACGUUCCCAGGGAAUACCUAGAACGGCACUCCAUCAAGUCCGUAGAACGGAAUAGCAACACAAAUGCCAAACUGCCCGCACUGAAGCAGCACCCCAUGUAUAAUGCAUCGCGAAUGAACUGCACGUCCGGCUCAAGUGAAGAUUUUGCCUUCAGCCAUUUUCAGAAAAACGCCAACAAUGACAAUUUAGUAGGAAAGUUCCGUUUUUAA